AUGUUACCUCUCUUUGCUCUUCAGGCUAGAAGCGUACACUAUUACUACGAUCAUAACGAGGAACAGUACGAUGAUGACAACCUCAAGUUCGGUAUCUCGUACCACUUACCAAGAGGUUGGGGCACACUUGGCUUCCGCUACGAAUCCAACGAGGAAGAACUUGAUGACGAUAACAUCAAGUUUAACAUCAGAGGUCACUUACCAAAGGGCUGGGGCGACAUCAUAUUCCGCUACGAAUCCAACGAAGAAGAACUCGAUGACGAUAACAUCAAGUUCGGUAUCCGUUACCACUUACCAAGAGGCUGGGGCACACUUGGCUUCCGCUACGAAUCCAACGAAGAAGAACUCGAUGACGAUAACAUCAAGUUCGGUAUCCGUUACCACUUACCAAGAGGCUGGGGCACACUUGGCUUCCGCUACGAAUCCAACGAAGAAGAACUUGAUGACGAUAACAUCAAGUUUAACAUCAGAGGCCACUUACCAAAGGGCUGGGGCGACAUCAUAUUCCGCUACGAAUCUAAUGAAGAAGAGUAUGAGGAUGAUGACAACAUCAAGUUCGGUAUCCGUUACCACUUACCAAGAGGCUGGGGCACACUUGGCUUCCGUUAUGAGUCAAACGAAGAAGAGUAUGAGGAUGAUGACAACAUCAAGGGUGGCAUCAGAUUCCGUUUACCAAAAAGCUGGGGAGAAAUCAGAAUUCGCUAUGAAAGCAAUGAGUAA